GUGUUUACAGGGUGGAGGACAAUUAAGAGCUGCUGUUGGGUAAUCAUCUCCUCUUUAUUGGAAAGAAAAUGUUAGUCAGACUAAAUAUUUUCGGUAAUUAUGGUGGACUGUGGCGUCUAAGUAAAGGUUGGAACAAUCCCUGUGCGUGUGUUGUCUCCAUAAUCAAAGACCUCCAUGACCUAGAUAAAGUUGGGUUUGUAGACGGCCUCUGAGGUGCUGAACUGAGACAAGACUGCUGGCUGAACCCCUUCUAAACCCACAGACAGCAUUAACUUGAACCACCUUUAUUCUUUGAAAGAAAAAUUGCCCGGCACCAUGAUAUUCCCAAAAGGGCCUUCAAACAACCCUUGUUUUUUUUUUCCAGGACUGUUUCUCUCCCUCUCUCUCUCCCUCGUAUCCCCUUAAGGUUUCUCCUGAAAGACUGCCGCUGCAGCUGGAUUAUCAGUUUAUCCACAAACUGCAUUUACUUCUAUUCUCAGAUAUGAAAUCUAAUCAGGAUAUCUGCCGGUGCUAUGUUGGUGGAGUUGUUGUUUUUUUAACAAGAAGUCAGGAGUUUAGUGUGACAGAGUUCACAAUAAGGUAAUCUUGGUUGUGGACGUUUGGAGCGGAGCCCAGCAGGUUUGAGUUAAAAUAAAUGGGGGUGAGCUGCUGGAUUGACCUGUGGUCUGCUCUGGGCAUCUUGAAACGGGAGGAUUGGGUCUGAACUUCUCCAAACAAGACUCUCUGUGAUGGCCAUUAAGCCUUUUCUUCAGGCGCUCUAUUGAAUGCCAAACUCAGAAGAAAGGACGCAUGUGUUUGGAAGAUUCUACGUGUAAAUUGAAGGAUUCAGUUUGGGUGGAAGUAAAAGCAUCUCAUUACCAAGUUAACUCCAGUCAUUCAUUUUCUGCCGCUUCUGCUGAGCUGGGCCAGAGUGAGGCUGGAUCCAAUUUGAGUCUGGUUUUGAAUUCACAACACGUUUGGUGGAACUGUUGCGUACGGUUUGGUACUGGUGCCACUUGUUCUGGUGUGAUGGUGCAGUCCAGAGAUGAGCGUGAAGUUGAUCUUCACGUUCUUUUCCAGGAACGUCUUCCUCGUUGCCACUUGCUCCUUUCUGUUUUCAUAGGCCUGUUGUGGGCAGUCGUGGUCGAAUGUAAUCCUGGUUUGGUCUUUGACGGUGACGUUCCUUGCCAGCCGUGCUGAUCUGACAACCAUGAAUUUCCUCACGUCCUGCUGAAAUUUCACGAGGAUGGGCCGUGGUCUUGUUCCCCGUCAUCCGAUCCGCUGUGCUGAGUUGACAACAAAUUUCUCUUUGUAUCCUCGAUGAGUUUCUCUGUGAAGAGCCUGAGAUCAUCAGCUUCCAUGUCUUCUACCACUGAGUAGAUCAUCAUGUUCCCGGCUCUGUCUUUAGCUGCUGACCGGCCGUCUCUGUCCUCUGUCUCAGCCAAUGCUUCCUUCAUUUGCUCAACUUCUUCCACUUGUUUGUUUCCGCUUGCUGAAGCGUUGCGUUCACACGGAACCUUUAAUGUUUGUUUUCCAUUUCCAGUAAUGUGUCGGCCUUUAUUUUGUCGUUGUCCUCCCUUUGUUUCUUUUGUGACUGUCUCAGCUUGGCAAUUUCCUGUUGGCGACUUUUAACUUGAUCAAUCUUUGCCGCCAUAUUUGAUUCCAUUUUUGCCGUCUUUGGCUCCCUUUUAUCAAACGCUCUCUAUUCUCCGUGAGAAGGUUCACGUUGAGCCUCUUUAUCACCGACUCCCCUUCAGAACCCCCCAUGGUCUCGUCCGACAGCCUUUCCUCCGGAUAUCCCGUCUCCAUGAGAAGUUAAGGAAUGAGCCAUUGCCAUGGAAACUCAGUCUCAGGCCAGUUCAGCAGCUGAGAAGAAGAAGAGGGUGGAGACCAUCGUGGCCAACAAAGGCUCGUCGGCACGCAGCGACAUCAGUGAGAAAGCAGUGGCCUCCAGCACCACGUCAAAUGAAGACGACAGUGCCAGCACGCCGUACAUCCGAGAGCGGCGCAAUGCCCUUAGCUCCCAGACCUCUACGCCAGGAGGUCCAGACAGGACCCGGACGGAGGAGCCGUCCACCUCCACAGAAGAUCGUCCCUCCCUGCUCAAGAAGGAGCUUCAUGGUUCCCUGCCCCACCUGACUGAUCACCCCCUCCCAUACAGAGGCACUCUCUUCGCCAUGGACCCUCGCAAUGGCUACCUUGACUCUCAUUAUCCGACUCCUCAGUUCUUCUCCACCUUCCAUCCUCCUGUGCCCAUCGAUGACCGUCACACCCAGGGACGGUACAUGUACGAGCCCUCGCCUGUGCCGCCGCUGCCCGUGCCCCCUGCACUGGCGGCCAGCCCGGCGUUCUCUGACAUCUCCCUCAUCCGGAUCUCGCCGCAGCGGAACCCCUCCGUGGGGGCGGAGUCGCCCUUUCACCCCUCGCACUCCUACAUCAACCCGUACGUGGACUACAUCCGCUCGCUGCAGCCGCUCAGCAGCCCCUCCAUCUCGGUCCUGUCAGCCAGCCGAGGACUCAGCCCUGCCGACGCCCCUCACACAGGUCUGACCACUGCCGAGUACUACCACCAGAUGGCUCUGCUGGCAGGUCAUCGAAGCCCGUACACCGCCGACCUGCUGCCAUCCGUGGCGUCUACCGCCGGGGCCAGCACCGCCAGCGCUCUGCACAUGGAGUACCUGCACGCCAUGGAGAACUCUCGCUUCCCCAGCCCUCGGCUGCCAUCGAGGCCCAGCAGGAAGCGUCCGCCGCCCAUCUCACCGCUGUCGGAGCACAGCUUCGACCUGCAGACCAUGAUCCGAAACUCCCCCAACUCUCUGGUCACCAUGCUGAACUCUCGAUCCAGUUCGUCCACCAGCGGAUCCUACGGUCACCUCUCUGCCGGGGCCCUCAGCCCAGCGCUCAGCUUCGCCUACCCCCCCACCCCGGUGGCCCUGCACAUGCACCAGCAGCUGAUGGGCCGACAGUCCGGCAUCGUGGGCUCGGCGUUCGGCCACAGCCCGCCGCUCAUCCACCCGACGCCGGCCUUCGCCACCCAGAGGUCGGUCCCUGGCAUCCCCCCCUCCGGACUGACCUGCAGCGAGCGCGCCGUGAUCUCCAGCGACUCCUCACAGAUCAAACCCACCAGUGAGUCCGCCGUCAGCAGCACCGGAGACCCGAUGCAUCACAAACGUUCCAAGAUGAAACCAGAAGAAGAGAUGCCCAGUCCUGGAGCUCUGAGUGUUCAGGACCACCCCGACGGGAUGACGCUGGUGAAGGAGGAGGGCGACAAAGACGAGAGCAAGCAGGAGCCAGAGGUGGUUUAUGAGACCAACUGUCGGUGGGAAAACUGCUGUCGCGAGUUUGACACCCAGGAGCAGCUCGUACAACACAUCAACAAUGACCACAUUCACGGCGAGAAGAAGGAGUUUGUGUGUCGGUGGGAGGAAUGCUCAAGAGAACAGAAGCCCUUCAAGGCACAGUACAUGCUGGUGGUCCACAUGCGCCGGCACACCGGGGAAAAGCCUCACAAGUGCACGUUUGAGGGCUGUGCCAAGGCCUACUCCCGGCUGGAGAAUCUGAAAACCCACCUGCGCUCGCACACCGGAGAGAAACCUUACGUGUGUGAGCACGAAGGCUGCAACAAGGCCUUCUCCAACGCUUCGGACCGGGCCAAGCACCAGAACCGCACGCACUCCAACGAGAAACCCUACGUUUGCAAGAUCCCCGGCUGCACCAAACGCUACACCGACCCGAGCUCUUUACGCAAACACGUGAAAACCGUGCACGGGCCCGAGGCACACGUGACCAAGAAGCAGCGCGGGGAUUACCCACGGCCCCCUCCGCAGCCCCGAGAACCGGGAGGCAACGGUCAGGGCCGCUCCCCCGGGCAGCUGGCCCUGGGCGGCUACACGGACCAAAGGGAGUACAACCAUGCUACCUCAAAGCAGGACGAAUGUCUCCAGGUCAAGUCCAUCAAGACAGAGAAACCCAUGACGUCUCAGCCAAGCCCUGGCAGUCAGUCUACAUGCAGCAGUGACCAGUCCCCCAUCAGCACCUAUCCCAGCAGUGGAAUCCAGCUUGCUGUGAGCGCCGGACGCUCGCCAGGGGAGGGGCUGGAGGAGGACGAGGAGAAAGAGGACCAUGAAGAGGAGGCAGAGGAGGAGUGCGAGUCCUCCCCCAUUAUGGACUCCACCGUCUCCACGGCGACCGCGGCCAUGCUGACCCUGCAGUCCAGGCGGAGCGUUGGCCGUCCGCUGCGCUGGAUGGAGCAUAUUAAGAACGAACGGCUGAAGCAAGUGAAUGGAGCGCUGCCCAGGCUGGGCCCCCUGUCCCCGACACCGCCCCCUAAAGGCUCUACGCUGCCUAACAUCCUGGCAAAGGGAUCCUGUCUGGGCAGGCAGUGGGGGCUGUGUCCACCCCAGCCACCUGUCGAGCUGGGAAACACUGAGCUCACCGUCCUCAACCUGCUCCGGGACCGGAGGGACAGCAGCGGCAGCGCCACAAGCUCGGCCUAUCUCAGCACCAGCAGACGUUCCUCAGGCAUCUCCCCCUGCUUCUCCAGCCGGCGGUCCAGCCAAGCGUCGCAGAGCGAGGGCGUGACGGCGGCGAGCCACCACCGCCGUCUACACAACCUGAGUUCCACUGACUCAUACGACCCCAUCUCCACCGAUGCCUCCCGAAGGUCCAGCGAGGCCAGCCAGUAUGGAGGUGGUCCAGGAGGGUGGGGUGGGCCGACAGGCGGUGGUGUCUGUGGGGUGCCAGGGGCCGUCGGGGCUGGUGAUGGCAGCGGGUCUCGAGGGAUGCUGAGCUUAACCCCAGCAGAGCACUAUCACUUGAAAGCCAAGUAUGCGGCCGCGACUGGAGGCCCGCCGCCGACACCCCUGCCCAACAUGGACCGCUUGAAGACAAGAGCAAUGGAGGAGUGUCCUAGCAACCAGCCGCUGCCCCCUCUGGUGAGACCUCAGCAUUGCGGGGAUGGAACCAACGGUUACGGACACACUGGCUACAGGAGAAGAGUAUUGUAUCCUGGCGAGGGUCCUGUACAUGGGAACCGGAGGGCCAGUGACCCUGUGCGGACUCAGUCAAGUGACAUUUGCAACCUUCCGCCAGUGCAGCGCUUCAACAGCCUCAGCAACCUUCACCCGCUUCCACCGCUCUCUCAACAUUCUCCAGCUGACAUGAGGAACUUCAACCUUCAGAACUAUACUCGCUCCGAGGGCAACCUUCAGAGGGGACUUCCAUCGUCCUACACUCCGAGCAUAGCCGAGCACGCCGCCCUCGAAGCCCUGGCUAUGGAGGAAGGAGCUGAGGCCAGCCUGCUUCUGGAGGACGAAGAUAUUCUGCCGGACGACCUGGUGCAGUAUCUGCGCUCUCAAGUGAAAGCAGACCGGGGCUCCAACCUGCACAGUGACGGGCAGUCUUACCAAAGGGAAUCGCUCCAUCACCCCAUGGAGACCACGGAGCGGAUACCAGGCGUGAACUGCCUGAGCAGCUUCCAACAAAUGAGCGAGAGGACCAGCCCGCAUGUCCUCCCCAUCCAGUGGAACGAAGUGAGCUCUGGGAGCGCCGACCGGUCUCCUCGGAGGGAGCCGAACUACCAGUCGCUGUGCGGAAAGUGGUCCGGUUCUACUCCAGAAAACUCAUCGGAGCCGUUCGGCAGAUUUGGAAACAUGAUGGUCCAGCAGCAACUGCCUCCCGAAUUUCAAAACAGCUGUGCCCAGGCCAGCCAGGUGAAGCUGGAGACCUCUCAAAGCUCCUGCAUGGAGAUGACAGGAAGUGCACAUCAUGGUAUGAACUCCUUUGACACCCGGGCCUCUCUGGACCCCAACACUCUCCACCAUCUCCCGUACAACCAGCUGGUGCAUGCCCCUCGCCCACCUGCGAACGGUCACAGGAACUCUGUCAGGAAUCACCUCUCCUCCGAGGCCACCACCAAAACGCAGGCCCCCCUGAACCAACAGAGGAGCAGGAACCAGUGUCCACUUGUUCAGCAGGUUUCAGGGCUCAAACUUGAGGUGACCGAUCAGGGAUACUUGGAUCAUGCUUUUGGGGAUCCCCUUUCCUUUGAGCCUGCAGACCCCAAAACCUCCUCAGUCCCGGUGCUGGAGGACCACUAUCUGCUCGACUCCAUCGUGGAGUCUGUCAGUCAAGAGGCAAACGGGGACACCAUCUCACUUCUCUCUCCCGCCUCGGACCAGGUGACCAGCACGGUGGACGCGGGCGCGGCGGGCGCACUGGACAAUGGGUUGGACUUUGGUGCCAUUAUGGAUGACGGGUACGACCAGGGCAGCCUGGUCUCGGGGGUUUUGAGCCCCUCCAUAUUCCAGAGCCUCUCCAGGACCUCAUCACGUCUCACCACCCCACGAGCGUCCGCAAACUACCACGGCGUGGCCCCCGGCCUGAACAACAUGGCCAUCGGGGACAUGAGCUCCCUCCUCAGCUCUCUGGCGGAGGAGAGCAAGUUCCUGGCCAUCAUGCAGUAGCGCCCCUCUCCCUCUGCCUCCUUCAGAACAUGUAAAGAAGACUCACUCUGGUGCAAGUGAAGAUUCCGGACAGACAUUCAGGCCGUGGCUUUAUAUUGUAAAAACAAAGAGCAUCUCCCACUGGAGCGAGACGCCUCACUUACGUCUGUAUAGAUACAUCGGUAUGUUCCUCUUUUUCGGGAAUGAAGGCUGAUUUUAAAGCCCUUCUCUUUGUACGUCGAUGUGAUGGUGGGUGGAGCCGCUCGCCUCUUCAAACAGUAUUCGUGUGUGGUCACUGUUUCGCUGUACACACUGUCGGUGAAGUGCAUGUCUUCAGGAAACACUGUCGUGUGCGGUGUGCCAAGUAUUGCUCUGAUCCCAGAGCCUCCAAAUCCAUCCACGAGGUCCACUGCCGACCCGGUGUUGUCUUUUUAUCAGGUAAACAAACACUCUCUGUUGCUUCUGUGACUGUAAACGUGCCAGUGACUUUUAUUUUGUCCUGAACCGACUGCCUCACGCACCUUUGCUUGGUCUGCCAAGGACUGUGGCCCCUCAGGGGCCAGUAAACCUGGUACCUCUGGAGGACGGGCACAAAGGGUGGCUGCCUCUGGAACUCUAAACAGGAAACGGACCGUUGGUUCUUGUACGUUUUUUAAAGACAGUUAACUUGACGGUCUGCUGCGACAGCUGCGAGCAACCUGGUGGUGUUUCUUUUACACUUUGUCCAAACGAUUCAAGCGGCUUGUUGGAUUUGGCGCCAAAGUAUUUCCAGUUUCAGAUGAUCUCUGGACGACAGCAGCGUCCGCAGCGUCGCCCCGAAACACCUGUUCAAACCGUUUUCCAUUUUUGCUUGGAUGGAAGCUUCUCGUCAUGUGAAUGUCGCGCCGCUAGCACUUGUCCUGGAGUGGUACGACGCUCGAGUCCGUGUUCCAAACUCCAAGAAGACAGCUCACAUUUCCCACAGCCGUACAUCGUCAUCAGCCUUGACUAUAUCCUCCCGAAAAAAAAACAGAAACCCCCAAAGUUCUACACCAGCUCUGAGCCCCUCCCCUUUCCCACUCAUCACCUAAACUGACAGAUUUUUUUUUUUUUGGCGGGAAAUUCUUUGGCGUUCAAAGCGCCGAGACUGAAAGAUCCGUUCCGGUGCCACAGACUAACACAGGCCUGGUGCGACAAGACAAGGCGCACGGUUCAUUUCCCCCCCCUCCCCCAAAAGUUGACGUCUCCUGUUUCCCUUCAACACUUGAAAGUCGUGCGGCAGUCGGUCGGUCGGUACUCGCCUGUAAAUACCUUUUUAUACUCUGUAAUGAUCAUAUUCUUGAUUUGCACGGUCGUUCGGAGCCGACGUGAAAGUGGUGCUUAAUGUUCUGUCUUGGCGACGCCAGUAUUUCUCUCCUCUUCUGUUCCCGCUCUAAGAUGUUUCUUUGAUAUAUAUAUAUAUAUAAAUAUAUAUAUGAGUAUAUCGGACUUGUUUUCCUCCAGAGCUCUUAACUCAGAUGUGCUGCCGUCGAGUGUUCCGUCAACAGUGUUAGUUUCGACCAGCCGCGCGCAAACGCUGGCCAGUUUUGUCAAAAACAAAAAAAAAAAAAUGAGGAGGUACUGGUUUCCUUUGGUACUUUUGUAGCCAUGUCUGUGGAGGAAUGUGCCUUAAAGCUGUCAGUCACCUGAUCACUGCCAAACUGAGAGAGGCCUGAGCAGGAGCCUGCAAAGUUUAUCAGAAGAGUUGUUCUCCCUUCCACAUUUACCCUGCGUUUCUGUGUACAUACGCCGCAUCUCUCUUCCUGUAGCUUAGCGGAGGACAUUAAAAAGAACCGCAGGGCUCGCGGCCCACCGGAGCCGCCGGCGUCCAGAACCUCCACACGAGAGCUCUUUUAUAACGGACUACAAAUGUUUGUAUGGUUUUAAUAAAAAAGAACGAAAGAAAGAAAUAUGUUUGACGUCUCCUUUUUUCCCGUGAUUCGCUUUUUCACUCCUCAGUUUUUUAGUCCCCAACAGUACCUCGAUUACC